AUGUCCACGCCGAUUGCUGCUCCGAAGCCCGGCGCCGGAGUGUACGCCGAUCCGGAAAGGCCGAUCAAUAUCAUCUUCGUUGGCGCCGGCGCCGUAGGCUGCUUCUACGCGUCGCGUCUGCAUCACCCUGAUCACAACAUCCACGUCUCCCUCCUCGCCCGUUCAAACUACAACGCCAUCAUCGCCGCCAACAACACCGUCACUCUUCAAACCCACACCUUCGGCGACUACCUCUUCCACCCAGUCGCCACAUACCCCAACAUCGCCACCGCCGCUGCCUCUAGAGUCAAAUGGGACUACGUCAUCGUCACCACCAAGGCCCUCCCCGACCGGCAGGAUGACUCCAAGACCAUUGAGCCGCUUCUCAAGGACAACCCAGACGCGUGUAUUAUCUUGAUCCAGAACGGCGUUGGUGUUGAGCACCCCUACCGCGCACGCUUCCCGCGCAAUCCGAUCGUUAGUGGUGUCACGGUCAUUAGUGCCGAGCAGAUCCGUCCCGGGGUGAUUAGGCAGAACCGCUGGACGAGGAUGCAUUUGGGGCCGUAUACGGAUAGCGCGGCUUUUGAAGUCGAUGCUGGCACUGUAACCGGGCAGGGGAAAUUGGGGGAUGAGGAGAGGAGAAGGUUGAAUGAGUUGGGGAUGUGUCAUGCGAAGAGGCUGCAGGAUUGGUGGACGCGGUACGGCGGAAUUCGGGAUAUCAAGGUUACAACCGAGGUCGGCUUGCAAACGGUGAGGUGGCAUAAGUUGACGAUUAAUGCUGCGUUUAAUCCGUCCGCGGUGCUGAGUGGGGGGAGAGGGAACGCGGAUAUGGUGCUUGACGCAGAGCUGAGGGCGCACCUCAAGGGGGUGAUGGAUGAGAUUUGGGCGGCGGCGCCCAAGAUUCUGGGCAAUCCGAAGGGGUUUGUCGAGGUGGAUAAAGAGACGGGCGAGGAGAAGGAAAUGGCGAGGCCGGAGCAGAUUUUGAAGAGUACCGAAAGGAAUGUGGGCAGUAAGCCGAGUAUGUUAUUGGAUUGGGAGGCAGGCAGGGCGAUGGAGUUGGAGGUGAUUUUGGGCAACCCGGUCAGGAUUGCCAGGGCGAAGGGCGUGGAGCUGCCGAGGGUGCAGACGCUUUAUGCGCUGUUGAAAAGUGCCCAGGAGAGGAGGAAUAAGAAGAAAGGGAAGCUAUGA